CUUGUGUGAGGCGGCGCAGGUGAGCGCGGGGGCGGAGGCUCGAGCCCUUCGUCGCUUCCUCUGGGCGGUCGCGCGCGCGGUGUGGGCGCGCCACCUCCGCUCUUCCAGGCGCUGCGCUUGGAGUGAUGGCCGCCGCUAAUCAGGAACUUCGAAAAUAUCUUGGGGAUCAAGAGACAGCGAUGUAGGCAGUAUCUGCUCCAUCACUACCAAGAAAACAGAUUUCUACGCUCAUUCAAUGCCUAACGUUGCAGACUCUCACUUUGAGAGUGGUUCUGGAGAAAAUGAGCAUGAACCUGGAAAAAAGACUUCAGAAGUUAAUCAUCAUGGUACUGUAAAGCCAUUUUGUGCUUCAGGUGCCUCCGUCACUUCUUUGGGAUCCAGCGGAGACAGGCAUUAUCCGUGGGGAUGUCCCGUGACUCAUACCCGAGAAAAGUUUUACACAAUCUGUUCAGACUAUGCUUUUUUAAACCAGGUCACAUCUAUUCGCAAAAGCCCAAGUGCUACAGUUAGUGCCUGCUUACAAGACAACGCUGCCUUAAACGCUGGAAUUAAUUCUUCUGGUUUUAUUGGCAUUCGAACUGAUGUGUCGGACAUUGUUUUCAACGAAGAUACUAACUUGGAAAGCUUGUCCAGUAGCCUUGGAAAACUUCCACUGGCAUGGGAAAUAGAUAAGUCUGAAUUUAACGAAACAACCCCAGAUUUGAAGAACAGACCGGGCAAUAUGAAAAAACAAGGAACAAAGAAAUUGUCUGUAGAAAAAAAAAGCAAACAAUACAAGGAAUGUCUGCAACACUAUCCCCUGGAAGAAAUAAAACAACGAAAAGUGCUAGAUCUUCGAAGAUGGUACUGCAUAAGUCGGCCACAAUAUAAGACUUCCUGUGGGAUUUCUUCUCUAGUGUCUUGCUGGAAUUUUCUGUAUAGCACAAUAGGAGCUGGAAAUUUACCACCUAUUAGUCAAGAAGAGGCUUUGCAUAUAUUGGGUUUUCAACCUCCUUUUGAAGAAAUUAGAUUUGGGCCAUUUACUGGCAAUACUACAUUAAUGAGGUGGUUUAGACAAAUCAAUGAUCAUUUCCAUGUAAAAGGAUGUUCAUAUUUUCUUUAUAAGCCUCAUGGUAAGAAUAAGACAGCAGGAGAGACUGCUUAUGGAGCACUGUCAAAGCUAACACAAGGACUGCGGGAUGAAUCAGUAGCCUACAUCUAUCAUUGUCAAAAUCAUUAUUUUUGCCCAAUUGGAUUUGAAGCAACCCCAGUGAAACCUACCAAGGCAUACAAAGGGCACCUAUUACAGCAAGAAGUUGAACAUUGGAUACUGAUUGGUGAACCAAGCAGAAAACACCCCACCAUUCACUGCAAAAAGUGGGCAGAUAUUGUAACUGACUUAAAUACACAAAAUCCUGAAUAUCUAGAUAUUCGACAUCUCGAAAGGGGAAUUCAGUAUCGCAAAACAAAGAAGGUAGGGGGGAACCUACAUUGCAUUAUUGUUCUUCAGAGGCUCCACUGGCAAAGAUUUGGUCCCUGGAAUUACCCAUUUGGAAACAGUAGGUCAGAAGUACAAUCCCAGUCCCAGACGCAGGGCCUAGCCAAAUCUGAAAGUGAAGACAAUAUCUCCAAGAAACAGCACGGGCGUCUGGGCAGAUCUUUCAGUGCUGGCUUCCACCAGGAGUCUGUCUGGAAGAAGUUAUCUCAUCUUCAUGAAAGACGGAACAGUGGCUUUCAGUGUUACACGGACUAUGAUGGGAAUGACUAAAAAGAAUCACUUGUGGAGCUGCUGUUCUGUAAAACAUAUCCUUAUGAUGUGGCAUGGUUUGUUAUGCACGGAGUAGGGAAUAGAUAGGGAUUGCUGAACAAGAUGCCAUCUUGGCAAGGUUUGUUGCAUAAGAACCAGUGGGAUAGUUGCGUUUGAGAUAAGGAGAGGUGUUUUAGCGCAAAGAUAAGCACAGAAUAUUACACUUACAAUCCAGUAUAAUCAACUGUAGAUCUAUGUUUUGGAUGGUGAAAACAAAACAAAUCUAGAUCAAAAACACCUGGGGGAAACUUAUUAUUAGAAGAAAUAUGUAAUAUUCAAAGCAUGAGAUUUGUUACUUUCCAAUACUGUUUAUUGUCCAUGUAUUGAACUAUGGCAGUAAAUGUAUAGAGUAAAUUUAGUUUUCAGUAACGCAAUAAGGACAUCAUGGUCCACUUCUGAAUUUACAAAACACCAAAUGUUUGUCAGACUUCUGAAAUUAUUGAGUGGUCUCGAACUGGUGUCUACAGGAACAUUGUUCUGUUUGGCUUAAGUUUGUAUUGAUUGUCCAGGGGAGGGGCUUGUUAGUAGUCCUAGGUGAUAAACCCCAGGAAUUGGAGGGUAUCCGCUUGCUCUUUUUUAGAACAGGCAGAAAACACUUCACUGCCAGGUGUAUACUGGUCUAGCACCUUUUUGUGUGUGUAAACUGAAUUUGUUCCACAUUUGGUAAGCUGUUUUAAAACCUUCCCACCAUCACAUCUUUUGAAUACCAAAUGAGUGACCAAAGUUGCACUCUUCCACUUCACCAACGUGUUUCCGUUUCUCUCAUUCACGUUUUCUAGAUUUAAUUGUGGGGAUAGUUCAAGUGCCGAAACACACUGACAACCCCCGUAAUAUACCUCUUUGGCCAGCACACUGUUUCUAUCUUUUCAGUGAUCAUGUUGAAUAGCUUUAUUUGGAUGUAUAAUAUUUUGCUGUCAUAAAAAGAAAAGAAAUAAUGAAAAUAUCGGUGGGUUCAAAUGUCAUCUUGUUUACAACACUUGUCGUGGUCUGUUUGUAGGUCUGCAGUUAACCAAAAACUGGGAACGUUCAGUGUUUUUUCCCCGCCUAAUAAAAUUGUUUUCUAGUUUUA